AUGCCACUGAAAGUGGAUGGUGACCCAGGCUACGGAAGUGUGGCAGGCGGGCCAGGGCCCGCCCUCUCAGGAAGCCUGGGGGGCUCUGAGACGGUGCCCCUCCUUAUUCCGGAAGCGGAGCCCGAACAGCGCACCAGCUGGGGGCCCCUGACCAAAGAGGAGCUGGAGCUGGCGGCCGGUGGCCCCUGGUGGAGGAAGCUGCGCUCCCGCCUGGUGCUGCUGUUCUGGCUGGGCUGGCUCGCCAUGCUGUGCACUGCCAUCGCCCUCAUCGUCCAGAGCCCCCGCCCCAUUGCGCCUCCCCUGCAGUGGUGGCAGAAGGCGCUCUUCUACCGGCUACAGCCGGCCCUGCUGCUAGACUCUGAGAGCGGUGGGGUUGGGGGCAUCGACGGAGUUCGUGAUCGCCUGCCUUACCUGCAGACCCUGGGGGUGGGAGCCAUCAUCCUGGAGGACAUGUUCCCCCAGGACCUCCCCCCAUCCGGUCUCAUGCAGCUCAAUACCACCCUGGGCACAUUGACCCAGUUCCAGCAGCUGGUCACUGAGGGCCAGAGUGCAGGGGUGAGAAUCCUAAUGGACCUUUGCCACUUACGUCUAUUAGAUUCCACAGAACAACCUGGAUUGGUACAGAAAGCAUUGCAGUUUUGGCUGGAACAGGGAGUGGCAGGAUUUGGAAUAUGUGACACUGAUGUGGCUUAUUCUGAAGAGAUUUUGCUGGAAUGGAGAACGCUGGUGAAAGAGUUCUACAAAGAGGAUGAUGAAAGGAUUGUGGUGGUGAGACAGAUGGGCCAGGCUGCACCACCACACAAUGACUCCAGUUCUGCAAGCUCACUGGUGGAGUUAGUCACAAGGUCCCUCCUGCCCUCCUCACCGCAUCCACUGUCUGUACAGGAAGUUGCCACCACUGUGGAGACGGUUUUGGUGAUGCCACAGGGAAAGUGGCCGAGCUGGACAGUAGGAGGGGUAGUUUCAUGGGAACUACAGAGAAUACUUAUGGUACUGACAAUGACAUUGCCUGGAACACCAGUCAUUAACUAUGGUGAUGAGAUCAGCCAAUCACAGGUUAGUAAGCUGCGCUCAGUGUUGGGGCUUUUCCACUCCCUUAGCCACACCCGUUCCCGGGAGGAGGCCCUCCUUUUCGGCAACUUCACCCAUCUCCCCUUCAACACCUCCCUCGAUGUCUUCACCAAUUCCUCCUCUGCGACCUCUCCCUCUCCACCUCUCCUGGCUUUCCUGCGCUCGUGGGGCUGUGUGCACUUCCUGGUUUUACUCAAUCUGGGCCCUGAGCCCAGGCCCCUGGACCCCGGCUGGGCCCCCAGCCUCCCUGAGGGUGGCGUGUACGUGACCAGCACAGGGCUCGACCGUGUGGGCUCACUCUCUCUGGAAACGCUGACGCUCCAGCCGCAGGAGGCCAUUGUAAUUAAACUGUUUGAGGCUGGCAGCUACUCAUAG